AUCUUUUCUUAACAAUUAAACAUACCACACCAUACCGUCCGAACUCCUUAGAACGGAAGCCCUAAGGCAGCCUAAUAACCCCGUCCGCCGCCGGUCUGUAGGGCUUAUCUAGGGUUUUCUUAUCUCAUUCGUUACUAUCUGAUUUGUGAGAAAGAUAAAGAUGAGAGGGAUUCAGUUACAGUUGAGUCAAACUCAAAAGCUCCGUCUACAUAAAGCUUUAGAACAAUUGGAAUCUCUAUCUUCCAAGGUGAAUUCUGAUGCUUCCGUGACCAUAGCAGAUUCCAUUCCCGUCAACCACGAAGACGGUGUACUCAAGGGACAUGGAACCGCCGAUCUAGACGGAGAAGUUGUUGCCACUCUCUGUGGAGUUGUCGAGCGUGUUAACAAGCUUGUUUAUGUCCGUGCAUUGCGCUCAAGGUACAAACCAGAGGUUGGUGACAUUGUUAUUGGGCGUGUUGUUGAGGUUGCUCAGAAGCGUUGGAGAUUGGAUAUUAAUUACAGUCAAAAUGCUUAUCUCAUGCUUUCUGCUAUGAAUAUGCCUGAUGGUGUACAGAGACGAAGGACAGCUUUAGAUGAGUUGAAUAUGCGCUGUAUUUUCGAGGAGGCAGAUGUCAUUUGUGCCGAAGUUCGUGGUUUUCAACAUGAUGGCCUACACCUUCAAGCAAGAAGUAAAAAAUACGGAAAGCUUAGUACUGGUCAACUGAUUACGGUCACACCGUAUUUAGUAAAGAGACAAAAACAACAUUUCCAUCAUCUAGAGGAUUAUGGUAUUGAUCUAAUACUGGGUUGUAAUGGAUUCAUAUGGGUUGGGGAACAUGUUGAAGCUAGAGAUGACAUGAUAGAAGAUCAAGUGAACCAAUCUGAUCCACAAGUUUUAAGUCUUGAAGAACAAGAGAAAAACUAUACGUCACUGGAGACUAGAAAAUACAUAUGCAGGGCUGCUAAUGCUGUUAGAGUAUUAUCCACUUUAGGAUUCAUUAUAACAUUGGAAAUCAUCAAGGGAGUUAUUGAUCUAAGCCUUUCUGCAAAUAUUGAUAUACACGACAUGCUUGGUUCCGAGUUCUGUGUUCUCGUCGCUGAAAAAGAGGCCGAAAGGAGAAGCUCAAAUAAAAAGAGGCGGUAGAUUGUGAAAGGGGCAAACAAUAGGAAAGUAAUCAUUCUAAUUGUAGCAAGCUUUUAUCAACUGCGACUAUACUAUGUCGUGCGACACUAAAAGUUGGACGAUCUUUUUUUAUGUUAAAGUUCUUGAACCUAUAGGAGAUGUGGGGUGAAUUAUUUUUCUGAUUGGUCGUCGCCGCGUUGAUGUUCAGGAGUGAAAUGUACCAGCUUAUGUGUGUAUUCUAUGCCAUAAUCUUGUAUUCAAGGUUGUCUUUGUGAAUCUUGCUCUUGUAUACUGAAUUGUGGCAAAACUUGUAUUGAUUUUUUCAUACUUUUUCUUUCAUUGGAAACGUAGACAAUGAAUAUUGUAGUGGUCUAAGUUAUUUUAGUGAACAUUGUCAAUGACUAUGCUGCAAAAUAGCUUCUCUUUUGUCA